UCACCAACCAGCACCACUGCUGGCUCACCAACCAGCACCACUGCUGGCUCACCAACCAGAACUACUACUGGCUCACCAACCAGAACUACUACUGGCUCACCAACCACCACUACUGCAUCUGACCCUGGCACUUCUACAGAGACACCGCAACCAUCCAUUGGAGUGCCUGCAAAUCCCACUGGCCUGUCUACAACCAGAGAAUCUUUAGACUUCAACUCAACAAAACCAGGCAUUGCAUCCACCUUCUACAGAGUUAAUAUGAAACUGAAUAUGACAACUACUGUAACUGGCAACGACCCAGGGGAGACCAUUCAGAAGUGGGUUCAGAGAAAGCUUGGGAAAGCCCAGAUGAACGUAUUAAACAUCAAUAUUUUAAACUCGACUUAUAAAGUCAAUGAUCAUAAAAAGAUUCAAGAACUGGAGAUGACUGCUGAGCUGAGACAUGAGAAAAGGUUUAGAUGUACCUUCCAGGUUGAGGAUGCUGAUGCACGUAACGUCACGACCACUCAAACACUCAUCACUGACCUUCUGUCUGGGAACCAUGUUGAUGAAGAGAUCCAGGUUGACCGCAGAGAUGUCCACGUUUCACAUAUAGAUCCUGGGAGCUGCCAUAAGGACACCCAUGAGAGUUUCUGGGGCGUGUAUAAAUGGCCAAUCACAGAGGUCCAGAUGACAAAAACUAUGAUCUGUGAGAAGAACCGUGGAUCAAGGGCUUCCAGGAAAUGUGAGUUAGAUGGAGUGACUGAGAAAGCCAAAUGGGCUAAGCCAAACCUGAAGGCAUGCAAGCCGGUAAUCACCAUCUCUGAUCUGGAUAAAGUCACCGUCACAGCAAACAACUCAGCAGAUGUGGUGGACARGAUUAAGAACCUCCUGGGUGACGAGGGGGACCUGAGUGACUCUCAGGUGGCCACCGUGGUCCAGAAGCUGGAUGAGGUUCUGUGGGUCAGCACAGUGACCCCUCAGCUCGGCGGGGAUAUUGUCAACAUCAUCGCUGACAUCCUGGUGUCCAAUUCUGACCUGUCAGRGGUCGCCAACGAAAUUCUGGGUAUCACAGACAGCAUUGGGGACCAGAUGGAUUUCCCUGAGGAGUCARUAAAUGUGACCGUCCCUUCCCUGGCCCUCUCCAUGAUCAACGUAGAUCCCGAGCAGUUCCAGGGCCUCACGUUUGGUGUCUCCUCGUUUUCGACUGGCCUUGAUCCAGAGACCUUUGUCAACCAGACAUUCCUGAGUCGGCCUUGUGAUGGCACAGUCGCGUCKAUCUCCCUUCCGCAGUCCCUUCACAACUUCUUCCCCCAGGGAAACAAAAAAAAGAGAGUUCAGUUCCACUUCUAUGGCAUACAGGAGCUUUUCAAGGACCCAGCAAUCAACUGGACGCUGAAUAGUUAUGUGGUGUCUGCCAGUGUCAACAACAGCAAUGUCAGCAACCUCAGGGAUCCCGUGGUGGUGACACUUCGUCACCUCAAGCCUAAAGAGAAAAACGACAAGGUGGAGUGUGUAUACUGGGACUUCCAGAAGAACAAUGGGAGCGGUGGAUGGGACAGCAACGGCUGUGAGACACUUCCAACCACCUCCGCUUAUCAGACCACCUGCCAAUGCUACCACCUGACCCAUUUCGGCGUGCUCCUGGAUGUGUCCAGGACUCCUAUCAGUGAGGCUGACCAGGAGAUCCUAACGGUCAUCUCUUACCUGGGCUGUGGUGUGUCCUCCAUCUUCCUGGGCAUCAGCCUACUCACCUACGUGGUCUUUGAGAAGCUGCGUAGCGACUACCCAUCUAAGAUCCUCAUCAACCUUUCUGUGGCUCUGCUGUGCCUGAACCUAGUCUUCCUGCUGGACUCCUGGCUGUCCUCCUUCGGCAGCUACGGUCUCUGCAUCAGCACGGCAGCCACYCUGCACUACUURCUGUUAGCCUCAUUCACCUGGAUGGGCCUGGAGGCCGUCCACAUGUACUUCGCUCUGGUCAAGGUCUUCAACGUCUAUGUCCCCUUCUACAUCCACAAGUUCUGCGCCCUCGGCUGGGGCAUUCCUCUGGUGAUUGUCUGCCUGGUCCUGGCCAUAGAGAAGGAUGCCUAUGGCAGUGUUCUAUCUGAGGCCUCGCUUGACUCUCUACAGGGCUCUGAGCCAUUCUGUUGGAUACAGAGUAAUGUUUUCUUCUACGUCACGGUCGUGUCUUUCGUGCUGCUGGUCCUGGUUUUUAACGUGGUCGUGUUCAUUGUGGUUCUGGUCCAAAUUCGCCACAUGCAGACCAAUAAGCCUGCAGCAACAGGAAACAAGCACUGUGCCAUGCAUGAUUUGAGAGCGGUGGCCAGUCUCACCUUCCUAUUGGGUCUCACCUGGCCAAUAGCCUUCUUUACCUGGGGACCAGCCAGGGUCCCUAUGCUCUACCUCUUCUCUGUCCUCAACAGUCUGCAAGGGUUCUUUAUCUUUGUCUUCCACUGCCUGAUGAAAGAGAAUGUGAGGAAGCAGUGGAGGAUCCAUCUGUGCUGUGGCCGAUUCAGGCUCAAUGACUACUCAGAUUGGAGCCGCUCCAUGACGAUGGGCAGCAAGACCAAGCAGAACCAGUUGGUGCACCGCUCUCCAUCUGUCAAGUCUGUCAACACCUCCUCUAGGAAGAUCUCUGAUGACUCCACUACAGCUAGCUGUAGCUCUGGCACACCCUACCAACAGGGGGCCUAGUCUACUGUAGCUCCACCAUGGGGCCUAGUCAAGUGCCACCAGGGAACCUAGCUCCACCAGGGGGCCUAGCCUAGCUCCACCAGGGGGCCUAGUCUAGCUCCACCAGGGGGCCUAGUCUAGCUCCACCAGGGGGCCUAGUCUAGCUCCACUAGAUGGACUAGCUUGGCUCACAGCAUAGGGACACUGAACUUUACACAACAUGUGCUAUAACAUCCUUCACCUGAAACAAUGGGAAAAGCUUGAGCUCAGGACAUCAUAACAGACACCUGAGUUCAGUGCAUUCUGAAUUACACUGUCGUAUGUCUCUCUGCAGUGCAGUCUCAACUUCCUCAGGAGAUAAACAGAAUCUAGGUGUAAGUGUUAGCCUGUUCUGUGCAUUAAAUGACACAAACUCUAUGAAUGAUGUGUAUUGUAAGUGGACUAUUGUUGUAGUAAAUUAUCAAUAUGUUGGUACCUUGUGCAUUCUAUUUGGUAAAUUGCAUUUCUC